GCUGGUUCUCAUUCAAAGUAAUGCGUAGGGACGCAACUAGGAGUUUGACUGUAAACAAACGGAGAAGUAUGUAAAGUAACACAAGAAAAUAAGAAAGGGAGGGAUAAUGAAUAGGGAUAAAGAAAAGGGGUAAAUCUGUGAUUUUUAAUGUUUGGAAAGAAGAAAGCCUCAAAUGAAUUUGAUUAUGAUGAUGUUCAAAGAAGCAGCAGGAGAUGGAGACGAAAUCAAAGGUUGAUCUUUGCUGUUACAUUUCUAACAGUGUCUCUCCUUUUGCUAACGGUAAUGGGCGUGGGCAGAAAAUAUCACACUGGUUCUUUGAGAUUUCGGCGCGACGUAAAACACAAGGAAAAGAACGAUGGCGAGUUCACAUUUCCUGACAGUUAUCAUGCAAUGGGGGUAUUACAGCUGCCGUAUGGUAAUAUCGCAGAGCCGUUUGAAGUAUGGUAUUCGGGCAAAAACAGAAUGAGUCGGAUCGAUUACUACGGAGGAAUGGAUGUGAUUUACCAUCGUGGUGAUAUUGGCGAAUACGGCUUUGCGGCUAAAAUAGUCCCUGAAUACUCCGAAGUUGACAAGAAGACGUUUCGAGGUUGCCUGCACAAAGUUGGAACAAAGCAGUACCCGAUUCGAGUACAGAGCAUAGUACCAAACCUGAAGUUCUUUAAGUUUAUUGGAAACAGCACGCUGAAUGGAACAGAGUGUGAGGUCUGGUAUCAUUCUUUCAGCAUAAUGAACAAACGCAACAAGUACACGUUAUACACGACACGAACACGGCCACGAUUGCCGCUUAAGUAUGAAAUGAUGGGAUACGACACGCUGCUAACCUCUUACUACGACCACUAUAUUCUGGACUACUCACUAUUCGAGCCGUGGAAAUACGAUUUCAACAAGUUCGAGAUUCCCUCAGAGCUUAAAUGCUUCGACUUUCCACACGUCGAAUCAGCUCCUGAAUUCGUAGCUUCAUUUUCUCCGAUGACGGAAUUCAUUCCUCAUCAGUCCAGCGACGCAUCAGUAGCAACGGACCAAGAAAGUGACCUUGCGGAACAACCUGUUGAUAACGAGGACAGCAAUCUGAAUAAACAAAACGAAGAUGACAGCAAAGACCAAGACAAUCUUGUCCGUUACGAGGAUAUUGUAGAGACAUUGUUUGCAUCAUUCAAAGAUUCAUUUCAAAAAAACUACAAAUCUUCGCAUGAACAUGAGAAGCGAAAGAACAUAUUUCGUCAUAACAUGAGAUUCAUAAACUCACAUAAUCGAAAGCACUUAGGAUAUAGCUUGAAGAUGAACAAGUUCGCCGAUAUGACGGAAAAGGAAGUUUCGCUAUAUACUGGACUUCUAGAUGAACCAGAGGGAACAUACAAUGGAGGCAAAAGAUUCAAGAUCCCGGAUAUUGACUUUGCUCAUACGCCCAUACCUGAAAGUCUUGACUGGCGUGAAUAUGGUGCGGUUGGAAAGAUCCGAAGCCAAGGAAUUUGUGGAUCUUGCUAUGCGUAUGCCGUGACAAGUGCCAUGGAAAGCGCAUACUACCUCAAGACGGGAAACUUGGUAAGUCUCUCACAACAACAAAUCGUUGACUGCACAUGGGGCUAUGGCAACCGUGGCUGCAAAGGAGGCUAUCCCUACAGGGCGUUGCAGUGGAUCAUGAAACAUGGCGGAUUGGCAACGGAAGAAAGCUAUGGAAAGUACCUGGCACAAGAAGGCUACUGUCAUUUUAAAAACGUGUCUAUUGGUGCCGGAGUGGAGAGCUACAUGAACAUAACUUCAGGGAACAAAACAGAGCUUAAGCUUGCCUUGGCAAUGUACGGACCAGUUACGGUGCUUAUAAACACUCGACCGAAAACAUUCAAGUUUUACAGCUCGGGUAUUUAUUAUGACGAAACUUGUGACGACAAAGUCGACCAUGCAGCUGUAGCAGUUGGGUUUGGAAAAGAGCACGGACGAGAAUACUGGCUGAUAAAGAAUUCUUGGUCAGCGUCAUGGGGUAACAGUGGCUUUCUGAAAGUAUGGACCAAAAAUGACAAUUGCGGGGUGACAAAAAAGGCCGUUGUAGUUAAAAUAAAAGUAUGACAGGAGUGUAAAUAUUCCAAUAUUGUAUAGAUUUUCAGAUCUCUAACAAAACAAAGACUAAUAUUAGAAUAGGAAAUUCUUUCAAAGAUUUU